AUGGCAGCAUUGUUCUCGACGAGGCUGGGGCGUCAGGCGUCCGGGUACCUCCAGGACAAGUACAAGCAGGCCAGGCUCGCCCUCGGCGACAUCACGCCGGCGGAGCUGCUGGUGCAGGAGGCGACCAACGGCGACCCCUGCGUGCCGGACGCCAAGACGCUGGCGUGCAUCGCCGACGCCGCCUUCGACAUCGACGACUACUGGCGGAUCGCCAACGUGCUGCACCGCCGCCUCGGCAGCGUCCACGACUGGAAGGAGUGGCGGCCCGUGUACAAGGCGCUGGUCGUCCUCGAGUUCCUCCUCACCCACGGCCCCGAGGAGCUGCCCAGGGACUUCCUCCCCACCAUGAAGGCGCUGCGCGACCUCCGCGGCUUCACCUACAUCGACGACAAGGGCUUCGACUGGGGCGCCUCCAUGCAGCGCCGGGCCGACAGCGUCGUCAGCCUCCUCACCGACGCCGACCGCCUCAGGGACGCGCGCCACCGCGCCGCUGUCGGCGUCCGAUCCUUCCCCUUCUCCCACGCCGCCGAUCACCACGGCGUGGUCAGCCCGACCGCCUCCGCCUCACCCGUCUCUUCGGCGUCGUCCGGCUCCUCCCGCGGAUCACGCGGCACCUGGUCCUUCGCCUCCGCCUCGCCGCACUACUCCGACAGCCCCGCCUUCGUCUGCCUCUGCUCACCCAACGCCGACUACCGCCACGACAAGAAGUUUGACGCCUACACCGCCGACGACAAGCGCGACGGCGGUGUCGUCGUCGAGGAGGAGGCCGACGACUGCCCGACCCCGCACAGCCAGGGGAGCUGGCUCGAGGAGUCCCCCUCGCAGUCCGGAUCACCCGCCAGCUGCUGCAGCAGCGCCAAGAGCACCAGCAGCAGGAGGGCAUCCGGCUUCCUUAGCUUGUCGCAGCCGGAGCGAAGGAACAGCAGCAAGAAGCUCCAGCGCCAGCUUUCCUUGGAUUAUUAG